AAAUCCUCAGCGACUCAACUCAUCAUCCCCUUUCUUCCUCGUCGUUCUCCCAGACUCUCCACACGACCACUCUCCCCCGCUCAGCUCCCACCCUCGCCUCCCAUGGCGUCUCUCCUCUUCCAACCGCACACGACCCCGACGGCCUCCCCGCGCGCCGUGGCCAGGCCCAGGGCCGGGGCCAUCACCUGCGGCCCGCGCGACAACCGCGGCCCGCUCCAGCGCGGCCGCUCCCUCUCCACGGAGGCCAUCCACGCCGUGCAGUCCCUCAAGCGCCUCACCGCCGCCGACCGCUCCCCGUCGGCCGCCCGCGGCGCGGCCUCCGCGUCCCUCGGCCGCCUCCUCCGGGCCGAUCUCCUCGCCGCCAUGGCCGAGCUCCAGCGCCAGGGCCACUGGUCCCUCGCCCUCGCCGCGCUCCAUGUGGCGCGCGCCGAGCCCUGGUACCGGCCCGAUCCGGAGCUCUACGCCACGUUCGUCUCCUCCUCGCCGCCCUCCGAGGCCGCCGCCGGCGCCGUGGACGCGCUCGUGGAGGCGUUUCUCGAGGAGAAGGAGGAGAGGCGCGGCGGGCUUAUCUCGGAGUCGGAGGGGCCGUGGGUGGGGGUGGACGUGUACAAGCUCACCAGGCUGGUGCGCGCGCUGGUGGCCAAGGGCAGGGCGCGCGCGGCGUGGCGGGUGUACGAGGCGGCGGUGAGGAGGGGAGGCUGCGAGGUGGACGAGUACAUGUACCGGGUGAUGGCGCGGGGGAUGAAGCGGCUGGGGCUCGAGGCCGAGGCAGCGGAGGUGGAGGCGGACUUCGCGGAGUGGGAGGCCAGAGUCUCGCCGUCGGCGAGGCAUCUGCUCGACAAUAUGCGCGCGAGGGAGAGCAACAAGACGACGGCGGCGGCUUAGUAUUUUUGUACUGCAAAAAAGUAAAUUGAGCGUACACGAGUGUAACCACUGUAUUUUUUUUUACUGGAAAACUAAAAAAUGUCGUGCUGCCAUACUAUGGUGUGGGGACACAACUAGCCCCAGUUCGUGUCCAGAAAGUUCACAGCGAGCAAGUUCAGGUUUCAUGGACAAUUUCACCGUUUUGACCUUUUUA